UCCUACAUAUCCAUCAGAGUUCAGACUACUCUUGGCCGGGAACUCCCAUGCAAAGCAGCUCGAUCCGGUGCUAGUACAGUACUGGUAGUACGGCACACACCACGGGACCAAACGACAGUAUGGACGCGGCAGGCACCCUGAGAAAGCGGCCGCUCUCGGUGCGCACAGAGAGCAAUGGCGCCGCGGCCGUCGCCGAGGCCGGGCCCGGGGCAGGACGUGGGCGGGCGGGCCAUGCCGAGGCGCCGGGUGAGCCCGUGAGCCCCUCCGCGAGGCUCGUGGGAGACUUCUACAUUGUCGUCGUGAUCGGGCUCGCGACGCCCGUGAACCUCCCCGUCGCCCGCGCCGGCAUCGAGGCCCAGCUCGCGCGCUACCCUCGCUUCCGCAGCAUCCAAGUGGAGGACGGGUCCAAGGACGGCAACCCGCGGUGGGUGUGGACGCAGGUGAACCUGGACGACCACAUCAUCUACCCGAAGCUGGACGCCGCCGCCGUGGCGGCCGACCCGGACAAGGCCGUGGAGGACUACGUGGCGUCGCUGUCCACGCUGCCGAUGGACAAGUCCCGGCCGCUGUGGGAGUUCCACGUCCUCGACUUCCCGACCUCCGAGGCCACGGCCACCACGGCGAUCCGCGUGCACCACUCGUUUGGGGACGGCAUGUCGCUGCUCACGCUCCUCAUGGCAUGCACGCGGAGCGCCGCCGACCCGACGAGGCUGCCGGCCAUGCCGCCACUGCCCACGCGCACGGGCCCUCUCUGGGCGCGGCCGCGGCCCCCGGCUUCCGCGGGCGCCCUGGCGUUCGCCGCGUGGGUGUGGUCGCUCGUCGUGCUGGCCUGGCACACCGUGGUGGACGUCGCGAGCUUCUUCGCGACGAUACUAUUCUUGAGAGACCCGCACACGCUGUUCAAGCGGGUGGAGCACGGCGAGCACCAGCGCAAGCGCAUCGUGCACCGGAGCCUUAGCCUCGAUGACGUCAAGCUCGUCAGGAACGCCUUGAACUGCACAGUGAACGAUGUGUUGGUUGGAGUCACCUACGCUGCUCUAUCGCGAUACUACUUCCGGAAGACAGGCGAUGCUGACACUGGCAAGGAGAUUCGUGUGCGAUCAAUACUACUUGUCAAUUUGAGGCCAACCACAAGCCUGCAUGCAUGUGUUGAGAUGAUAGAGUCCGGCAAGGAAAAUGAUGUGAAAUGGGGGAACAAACUAGGAUUCAUCAUCCUUCCGUUUCACAUAGGCUUGCACGACGAUCCAUUGCAAUAUGUUCGCAAGGCGAAGAAGAUUGUGGAUAGGAAAAAGAGCUCACUGGAAGUGAUAUUCACACAUUUAGCUGCAGAAAUUAUCCUCAAAAUCUUUGGGCUGAAGGCAGCUGAAGCCAUCUUCCAUCGUAUGAUCUCUCAUACGACCAUAUCGUUCUCGAACAUGAUUGGUCCAGUCGAACAGGUGGAGUUUUGUGGACAUCCGGUUGUCUUCAUUGCUCCUAGCGGUUAUGGGCCUCCAGAAGCCCUAACCGUGAAUUUUCAAAGUUAUGUUAACACUAUCAAGGUAAAUCUAGCAGUGGAUGAGGCACAAUUUCCAGAUUCUCAUCAGCUUUUGGAUGACUUUACCGAAUCCCUCAGUCUAAUUAGAGAUGCAGCUUCAAGAGUUGGGAAGAAUCAUAGGAAUGAUUAAGGGACUAUUCAACCAGUGCUUCCUUUCAAGCCUCCACUCCUAAUAAAUUUUGCAGAAUUCAAUAUUACUGCUAUAUUAUUUGUAGUUCUGUACUGUCAUGUAGAAUUUAAACUCAAAUUGAUGAAGCACACUGAGUGGGUUGAGCUAAGGAUAUUAUGGAGGAAACCAACUCCAUUUAUUUUGGGUAAAAAGUCCUAAAAAAGUAAUAAUGAAUAGUAUUGUAUUA